AUGGCUACCCCCAGUGUCCUCGAUUUUGACGUUGAGGGUUGGGCCAUUGACUUUGACGUCAAGGUAGAUGACCUGCAGCUUUUCCUACAGUGCGAUAGGGCGGACGGUCUCUCCCUCUUUGACCUCACUUCUGGUGCCUCUUUUGCCCCUCCUGCUGAUGCUGACGCCACUUCACCCGGCUCCCUGACACCCUUCGCCCGGUCCGAGGACCACUUUCUCUCUGUUUGCCCCACCACCCUCACCGUUGACCUCCUCGAGGAGAGCCUCCUAGCAGCAGAGAACAGCAUAGUCGCUGUAGGAGCCUCUCGUGGUGACCCUCGCGCCCCUAUCUUUGAGGGGUGCUCCCCCUCUCCUCUCUUACUCUCUGUUGCCUCUGCUGCUGCGGCCGACCUCGUUGGUCUUGAGUCGGUCGGUGCAGCGUCUACCCCUAGCGGGAGACGCCGCCCUGGCAAGGGCAAGGGGGGCAAGGGCUCUGGAGGAGCUAGCGGGGGCGGUGGAGGAAGCGGUGGAGGCGGUGGAGGGGGUGGGGGUGGCGGUGGGGGUGGUGGCGGGGGUGGGGGCGUCAGUGGCGGUAGUGGAGGCGGAGGAGGCGGCGCAGGUGGCGGUGGGAGUGGAGGUGGCGGAGGUGGCGGCGGUGGAGGCGGUAGCGGCGGAGGAGGUGGAGCUGGUCGGGGUGGCGCUGCGCAGAGGGUCAGCUCCGGUGGUGGUCAGCGCCAUCAGCAACAGCAUCAGCGCACACGUGAGAUCCCUCCCUCUUAG